AUGGCGACAAAAGGAUUUGCCUUUGGUCUGCUUCUGCUACUCUGCGUGAGUUAUCACGUCCAGCUGGCACAGGCAGUCGAUGCCUGCACCACGUGCACUUGCUCGGGAGCGACUGUCGAUUGCAGUAACAAACCUCUCACCGCCAUUCCAACCGGAAUUCCAGUCACGACAACGAAACUGAUUCUGUACGGUACUGGAAUGACCAGCCUCGGUGCAAACGCUUUCGCCAGUCUGACUGCGCUGACUUACCUAUCUCUGCAAGCCAACUCAAUCACCGACGUAUCUGCAAGCGCAUUCACAGGCCUAAGUGCACUUACUUGGCUAUCGCUGAAUUCCAACAAUUUUGCUGGCAUUCCCACCGCCGCAUUGGCAGGCCUGACUACACUGACCUACCUUGACCUGACAAACUGCCGGAUCGCCACCGUUCCCGCAAACUCAUUCACAGGCUUGACUGCGCUGAAAACCUUAUCUCUGACAUCGAAUCCGUUCACCAGCAUUUCGGCAAACGCAUUCACCGGUCUGACUGCGCUGACACUCUUAAAUUUGCAAAACAACCAGCUCACCAGCAUUCCCACAGCCGCACUCCCAGUCCUGACUGCGCUGACGAGCUUGCAGCUGUGGAACAGCCAAAUCACCAGCAUCCCCGCCUCUGCAUUCUCAGGCCUGACUCUUCUAAUCGAACUGGAUAUCUCCAGGAGCAAGAUCACCGAAAUUUCCGCAAGCGCAUUCACAGGCCUGUCUGCGCUGACUUGGCUGAAGCUGUACAACAACCAGAUCACCAGCGUUCCCGCUCUCAACUACCUGACUAAGCUGAGAAUUUUGCGCCUCGAUACCAACCAGAUCACCAGUGUUCCUGAUUCUGCAUUCGCAAACCUAACUCAGCUGGGACAACUAUUUUUGCAAAGCAACUCAAUCACGAGCAUUCCUGCAACCGCAUUCACGGGCCUGCCUGUGCUGUUUUCUCUAGAUCUGUCACUCAACCAGAUCACCAGCAUUCCGGCUUCGGCGUUCACGGACCUGACUAUGGUGAAUCGCAUAUAUCUGAACAGCAACCAGAUCACCAGCAUUUCUGGCUCUGCAUUCACACACCUAAGCGUGUUGACACAAGUGGCUUUGGAGAAUAAUCCCUUCACCACUUUGCCGCCUGGAUUGUUCAAGGGCGCGAUGAACAGCAUGGUUUUGUCGAUUUCCAACGCUUAUCUCAGCCCCAACAACUUUACCUUUGGUGGGAAUACUGUCGCUCCGCCGAGCACCUACGGCGACGCGUCCCAACCGUACAAAUGUGAUACAACCUGCGCUACCUGCUACGGUGCGGGGUCCAGUGCGUGCUGCGGAACCAACUGUCUGACCUGCACUUCCUCCAAUCCCUGCACUCAGUGCUAUGACGGUUAUGUUUCGCUGGGCAACUUCUGCGUCGCUUCAGCCGCGACCAACGCGUCUGUCGCUUCCGUCGCUUCUGCCGCUUCCGCUACCUCAGCAUCUGUUGCUUCUCUCGCCACUGCAUCCACAGCUUCAAUUGCCUCACAGCGGUCCGCAUCUGUCGCUUCCGAUGUGUCUGCAACCUCGGCUACAUCAGCAUCCUAUGCUUCACUAGCUACUGCAUCCUCAGCUUCUGUUGCCUCUACGGCGUCAGCAUCUGCCGCUUCUGAUGUUUCCGCGGCCUCGGCUUCCUCUGCAUCCCUUGCUACUGCAUCGUCAGCGUCAGAGCUGUCCGCCUCUUCCGAGGCUUCACUCGCUGCAUUUUCCGCGUCAAUGGCUUCACAGGCGUCCGCAUCGGUGGCUUCAGAUGUGUCCGCGACCUCGGCGCUCUCAGCAUCCGCUGCUUCACAGGCGUCCGCAUCGGUGGCUUCAGAUGUGUCCGCGACCUCGGCGCUCUCAGCAUCCAUUGCUUCUCAGGCGUCCGCAUCUGUCGCUUCCGAUGCUUCCGCUGCUUCGGCCUCUGUCGCUUCCGAUGCUUCCGCUGCUUCGGCCUCUGUCGCUUCCGAUGCUUCCGCUGCUUCGGCCUCUGUCGCUUCCGAUGCUUCCGCUGCUUCGGCCUCAAUUGCAUCUCAGAUGUCUGCGUCAGCCGCCAGUGCUUCAUCUGCGUGGCAGACAUCUGCCGCAUCUGCUGCGUCCAACGCCCCAAGCAAAUCAAGCGAUGCAUCUUCCGGAGCUAUUAUUGGCGGAGUGGUCGGUGGUGUGAUUGCACUUCUCCUGCUGGUCGUGCUGGUGGUGGUACUUCGGCGCCGUCGCUCUCCAAAGGCAUUGGCAACCACCAUCUCAAUCAACAAGCUCCGCGAACCGGCAUCCGACACGGAACCGACUUAUCAUUCCAUCAGCAACAGCGACACUGUUGGCAUCCUUGAGAAUCCAAUGUAUGAGGCUUUGUCCGGCAAUCACGCUCUGUACGAGAACGCUGCCUCAGCGCCUGCGGGCUCGUCGGAACUGGUCUAUGCCAACACAUCCGUGCCUGCGCCCAACGCAUACGAUAAGCUUCAACCAGCUCCGGAUAUGCUUUAUACCGAGGCAUCUGCGACUGCCUCUCGCGCACCGCAAUCGUCGGGAAGCGGUGUCGAGUACGCCAGUACUUCGCUGCUCGCUGCGUCGUCUGUUCGUGUGCCUCCCGCGUCCUCCCCGACCACGUACGCGACGAUCGAUGGUGCACCUUUGGCCCAGACCACCUAUGCGACGAUUGAGAAUGCCGAUUUCGCCUAA